AUGGAAAAUACUGGUACUAAGGAAUGGUCUAAAAGAGACGAAGAAGAGCCUGAAACUUCAACGAACAAGAGAUGCUGUUCACCACCAUUCGAAAAUUUAUCGGUCGACGAAUUAGCCCAACAAAUUCAAUCCAAAUUAGAUUCAUUAAACAAUGUUUCUCAGCACGUCAAGCCAGAUUAUUGCAUCUUCCGAAUCCCCGGUAAAUUUUCCGACGAAAAUUUAGCUCCUUAUCGCCCUCGAUACACCGUUAUCGGCCCUCUCGUUUACUACUACUAUUUUUCAGGCCACCAAGAAGAAGAAAAACAGAUAUACGUGGCCUCGUUUCUCCGCUGUGCUUAACCCAACACUAGCUUGAACGAUUUCAUUGAAUUGAUUGAAAAGUAUCUAUCAAAGAUCCACGGGUGUUACGAGAAGAUGUAUUACAGGUGUUGGGAUGAUUCAGUGGGAAGAGCACGGCAAGACAAACGGGCCGGGACUCAAUCACAUUCGUCGUUGCUCAUCGGAAUGAUUUUAGUUGAUGCCGGUUUCAUCCUUGAACUCUUGUUAAGAGCCUACUCCGAAGGAUUGAGAGCUGAAAACGAUCUCAUCUUUGCCAAAUCAGGGACAAUCCAUGAUCUAAAACGAGACUUGAUGUUGCUUGAAAACCAGCUUCCUUUCUUUCUUCUCAAGAAAAUGUAUAAACGUGCCUUGAAAUGUAAUCCACAUUACCCUUCUUUUCUUCAUCUCACCUGUCAUUUCUUUAGCCAUUAUUACAACCAAAGCAUCUCCAUUGAUGAAGUUCUAUCACCAAACAAUCCCCGUAGUUCUGAAUAUAGAUCCAACCUGGAAGACCCUAAGCAUUUCACUGAUUUGAUAAGAACAUUUUCAGCAACCAUACUACACGAUUCAGAAGCAGCAGCAGAAGGGAAGGUGCAGCAGCAGCAACAAGGUGCGUAUUUAUACAGUGCAGUUCUACUGCGUGAAGCAGGCGUCAAAUUCAAGGUGAGCUUAAACACAUGCUUAUUCGAUAUAGAAUUUGAUGAAAACAAUGGAGAAUUGAAGAUCCCUCCUCUCAAGGUCGACGAAUCCACGGAAUCGUUUUAUGGGAACCUCAUGGUGUGGGAGCAAUGCUAUUAUCCGAACGACACUUUCAUUUGCGAUUACAUCUUUCUGAUAGGAUAUCUCAUCAAAUCUGCUGAGGAUGUGAGCAUUCUUGUUCGGAAAAGAAUUCUGAUUAACCAGCUUGGCAGCCCUAUUGAAAUAGUAGCCAUGUUUAACCGUCUCUGCAAAUAUAUUAACGUGGGGACUGAGAACCGAUAUUCAAGUCUUUUCAUGAAGCUCAAUGCAUACAAUGCUGUUCCCCACCAUAGUUGGAUAGCAAUACUUAAGCUCGAGUAUUUUUCUACCAUUGCUGCAAUUAUCUUGCUUGUUCUUACUAUGAUUCAAACCAUUUGUGCUCUCAUCUCCCUUUAG